ACAGCCAGGAGCCCAAUGGCAUCGCGGAGGCGGGCGGCGGCAGCCAAUGGCGGCGUGCGGGGGCGGGCGCGGGGCCGCGGGCGCGGCGGGGCCGCGGCGGCGGCGGCGGCGGCGGCGGGAGGAUGCGGGCGGGCAGCGGGCGGGGGGUGCUGGCGCUGGCGCUUCUCCGCCGCUGCCUCCUGCUGGGCCCGCUGGCGCUGCGCCCGAGCGCCGGACAGGACGGGGACGGCUGUGGCCACACGCUGCUGACACCCCACAGUGGUACCCUCAGCUCCAAGAACUACCCGGGCACCUACCCCAACCAUACCGCCUGCCGCUGGCGCCUGCGUGCCCCCCCGGGCACCUCCCUCCUCCUGGCCUUCGGGGACGUGGACCUGGAGCCUCCGAGCACUGCACUCCGCAGCUCCUUGCUGCUCGCCGACCCCCAGGCUGGCACUGCCUAUGGGCCCUACUGCAGGAACGCCGGCCCCACCACCCCGCUCCUGCUGACCAACUCCAGCACCGUGACUGUCCUCUUCAACAGCACCAGCCACCGCUCGGGACGGGGCCUCCUCCUGUCCUACGCCACCUCGCAGCACCCAGACUUAGUGUCCUGCCUGGUCCGAGGCACCCACUACACCCAGGAGCACGUCAGCGUGUACUGCCCUGCGGGCUGCAAGGACAUCGAUGGGGACAUCUGGGGCAACCCCAGCCAGGGCUACCGGGAUACCUCGGUGCUGUGCAAGGCGGCCGUGCACGCCGGGGUGAUUGCGGACGAGCUGGGCGGGCAGGUCACCCUGUCCCGGGAGAAGGGGAUCACGCUCUACGAGUCGGCCUUCGCCAACGGGCUCCACUCCAAAAGGGGCUCCCUCUCCGAGAAGCGGCUCAUAUUCCACAAAGCCUGCAGUGAUGCACUGGAGGUGGCCGCCUUCAACGCCUCAUCCUGGUGGCACGAGGUGGAUGCGCUGGGCCAGGACCGAGCCUGGGUGGCCACCCGGGCAGCACUGGGCACCACCGGCCACUCCUGGGCAGCCGAACCCAGCACCGAGGCUGCCUGGCUGGAGCUGGACCUGGGCACCCGCAGGAAAGUCACAGGCAUCAUCACAACGGGCUCCUCCAAGCAGCACAACUACUACGUCACGUCCUACCGUGUCUCCUCCAGCCGUGACGGCAAGAACUGGAGACCCUACAGAGGCAGCAGUGGCCAGGAUGACAAGGUCUUUGAGGGCAACAUCGACAGCCAUGGGGAGGUCUCCAAUGCCUUCAUACCCCCCAUCGUCGCCCGCUAUGUCCGUGUCAUGCCACAGAGCUGGCACCAGCGCGUGGCCUUGAAGGUGGCCCUGGUGGGCUGCCAGCUGGCGCGGGUCCGUGCGCCCCGGCCCUACGUGCCCAGCAUCCCCAAGGAGGUCCCUGUCCCCACCAGCCCCCCGGGCAGCCACACACCCAUCCCCGGCAUUGCCCUGGACCCGGAGAAGGCAGGCUCCAUGCUGCUGGUGAUGCUGCUCGUCGGUGGCUUCGUGCUCCUCUGCUCCAGCCUCCUGCUGCUGGCCUUCCUCUGCCGCAGGAAGAGAAAGCCGGCAGCAGAGCUGAACUGCGGGAUCACGAAAGGGCACCCCAAACUGGAGUCGAGCCAGGUGUGCUCGCUGCAGAGCCUGCCGCCCCCCAGCUCCGCGCUGGCCUCCUUCCCCACGGCAGCUGCGCCGGGGGACCUGAGCCGGACCCACUCACCAGAGUACGCCGAGCCGGACCUGCUGCAGCAGAGCCCCGGCAGCCCGCCGGGCCCCUCCACCUUCAAGCCGCCGCCGGACGAGGGCUACGCGCUGCCGCUGGUGCUCAGCCACUACGCCGUGCCGGGGCAGCGGCACGAAUACGCCGAGCCGCUGCCGCCGGAGCCCGAGUACGCCACCCCCUUCGGCGAGCCCGACCCGGCGGGCCCCGCCCGCUACCACGCCCCCCCACCGCGCCCCGCCUCACCGGGCGCGCUCCCGCACGUCUAUCACGAAGCUUUGUGAGGCCGCGGCCCCGCUGCAUCUACUAUUGACGGUACCCGGGGCGCCGGAACGGGCGGUUACCGGCGACCCCCCCCUGCAAAAAUUGUGCUUCCGAAAUCUCUUGAUGUCGAUUCCGCGAGGGCGGCCGUGGGCCCCCCCCCGUGCCACGCACGGCAGAAGCCCUUUUUAAGGCUGCGCCUGCCGCCCGCCGCCACCGGAAAGCGCCAGGGUGCUGCUGAGGUCACGGCGAUUGCGCGCGCUGCGCACGGAGGAACGCGCUCGGAUCUUGGCUUCCCCCCGCUCUUUCCCUCCACGCCGCGUGGUUUCUUUCCGCGCUCCCGCAGGUUUUUGUCACAAAAAAACGCCGUUUCCACGCCG